UCUUCGAAAUUAUUUAUUAUUUGAGAGGCAUUUGCCUUUUCCAUAUAAAUCAUGAACUUUUCGGAGUUGUUUAAACAGAAUGGUCAUCUUUCGAAAUUUUCACCUGAUGGACAGUGCUUGGCGAGUUGUGUCCAGUAUCGGCUGAUUGUACGAGAUGUGCAUACUCUACAGAUUCUUCAGCUUUACACAUGUCUUGAUGCAAUCCAGUGUUUGGAGUGGUCUUCAGAUUCCAAAUUUAUUUUAUGUGGGAUGUUCAAGAGAGGGAUAGUGCAGGUAUGGUCAUUGGAGCAGCCUGAAUGGACAUGCAAGAUAGAUGAAGGGUCAGCCGGACUGGUCAGUGUGAGAUGGAGUGCUGAUGGACGUCAUAUCUUGACCACAGCCGAGUUCAACCUGAGGAUCACGGUCUGGUCAUUGGUCAAUCGGUCAGUGUCCUAUAUCAAGUAUCCUAAAGAGGCAAAGCAAGGAAUGCAUUUCACUAAAGAUGGCAAGUACAUGGCGCUAGCUGAGAGAAGGGACUGCAAGGAUUUCAUCAGUGUAUUUGCUUGUAAUACAUGGCAACUUGUUAAACAUUUUGAGACGGAUACCAGAGAUUUAGCUGGAUUAGAAUGGUCACCUGACGGGAGGGUACUUUGUGUAUGGGAUUCAUUAUUAGAGUACAAUCUUCUCCUCUACUCAGUCGAUGGUCGAUGCAUGGCAACAUUCAAAGCCUAUGAAUAUGCCCUGGGCAUUAAGUCUGUUUGCUGGUCCCCAAGUAGUCAGUUUCUUGCCAUUGGUAGCUAUGAUCAGAAGGUUCGUGUUUUGAAUCACAUAACUUGGAAGACGGUCGUCGAACACAGCCAUCCCCUUGCAGUAGAUACCCAAGCAGUGGUGGUGUACAAGGAGGUUGAACAGAGACCUCAAGUGUUAGACGGUGGAGCUCAGAAGUGGCCCUCAGACGGAGGAAUGUUCAGUGUACAAAGCAAAUAUGAAGUUCAGCAAGGUUCAGUAACAGUUCCAAGUAUCAAACCUGAUCCAGAUAAGGCUAAUCCCAAGAUUGGGAUUAGUCUCUUAUCCUUCAGCCCUGAUAACAGGUUUAUGCUGUCCAAGAAUGAUAACAUGCCCAAUGCAUUGUGGAUAUGGGAUGUGCAGAAGCUCUCUCAGGCAGCAAUGUUGCUUCAAGUUGGAAGUGUGAGAGCUGCUAAGUGGGAUCCAUGCAGAGCUCGUCUGGCUGUGUGCACAGGAAGCAAUAAGCUUUAUCUGUGGUCACCCGAUGGCUGCGUGGCAGUAGAGGUUCCAGCGGAAGCAUCUUUCCAGGUGACAUCGUUGACAUGGCACCCCGAAGGCAAGGCCAUUCUCCUGUCUGGGAAGGAUCAUAUGUGUGUCUGUUACCUGGCUGAGGAGGGUGACGAAGAAGAGGAAGCGACGUGAUACGCCGUUACCUCAUCCAAAGAACUCUGAAGAUACAGAGCAUGAAGCGUCUCUGCCAAUGGGCACGAUCUGGGAAUUCCCAAAGCACAGUGUACAUGUAGGUGUUGAGAGCAUUAUCCGUGCUGUAACACCAGUUCUAACACCAGGAAGUGUUUCAUCAGAGUUCAUCUUCUGACAACCGCCAACGUUGACUAAAUUUGAGAUUGAUGAUCGGCUUAUAGAAGCACUGGCCUCUGACCGUUACUAUGGUAACUGUCGGGAAUGACUGUUUGUUAGCACCGACACCUUCGUAUGUGUUAUUGAUAAUUCAGCACGGACUCCAACCCCAAUAUAAGUUUGAUGUCGCACCUGGUGAAAAUUCUGCCCAAAUGCCAACACCAGCUCUAAGCACUACACCUUUAAUGUUUGCAUAUUACUAUAUUGGACAUCCAAAAAGCGAGGCCAGAAAUACCACAAGAAGGUCCAAUCUUAUUGGCGCUUACCAUUUUUCAUCCAGACCUGACAUAGAUCAAAUAAAGUGUGUUGUUCCAACUAUGACCCUCGUCCCUCAAAUGGUAGGAACUGUUGAGUUAUCU